AUGCCUUUGGAUCAAGAUCCUAAUCCCCAAGAGGAAAUAGAUGUACGUGUAAUCAAUGGACUAAACGCCAUCCAGCACGAAAUUCCAUGGCAGGUUUCUGUGCGUUACGGAGGCAGACCUUUUUGCGGCGGAUCAAUCUUGUCCAAGCACUGGGUGUUGUCYGCUGCCCAUUGUUUCCCCACUCAUUUGGCUCGGAGCUCCUAUCGAUUGCACUUUGGUGCACACAGUACAGCCGGAAAAACAAACUUAGAGGAAACUCGACGAAUCAAGAAGUUGUUCCUGCACUCAGACUAUAGUCAUUCAAAACUCCAAAAGGACUUUGCUCUUGUUCUUUUGGACAAGCCACUGGAAUUCAAUGAAGCCAUCCAACCCAUCGCUCUUCCAAAGGCAAAUAGUAGAGCUCGUAUCGGCGAAAAGUGUCUUCUUUCAGGGUGGGGAUACACAGACUAUGAAAACAGGAAAUUUGGUAAAGUUUUACAAAAGACCACUUUAUCCAUCGCCAAUGAACAUCAUUGCACUAAUACUAAUGGUAAUAUAUUGAAAGUGGAUCAUAARACCAUGUUGUGCGCAGGAGAAAUAGGUAAGACAGGUGGUUGCCAUGGUGAUAGUGGUGGACCGCUGGCCUGCAAAGAAGGUGGUAAAUGGGUUCUGCGUGGCGUCGUUAGCUGGGGUAAGCCUGGUUGUUCCUUAUCAUAUUACACGGUGUUCGCAAGAGUCGGCUAUGCARUAAACUGGAUCCAACAGAAGGUUAACGAGGUGUGCAAAACAGCCUAAAAGUGACCGAGGAAUGGUUUCAACUAAAGUCACAUCUGUGAAUAYAGCGAUGCAGCUUAUCAAACUGAAUUAAUAUAUGUGAACACAAGCUUGUAAUUGAAAUCAAAAUGUUAGUCAUAUCAUGAAAUAAACUAGUCUGAUAUC